AUGGAAAAUGAGUCAAGAAUUAGUGAAUUCCUUCUGCAUGGAUUCCCUGAUACUGAAGAACUACGAAUAAUCCAUAUUGUUGUUUUUUUAAUAAUUUAUUUGGUAGCCAUCAUUGAAAAUCUCAUCAUCAUCACUGUCAUUGUUUAUAGCCAUCAACUCCAUUCACCCAUGUAUUUUUUUCUAGUCAAUCUAUCCUUGCAAGAUCUUGGCUCCAUCUCAGUUACAGUUCCCAAGUCUAUGCUGAAUUCCUUGAUGAACACUGAAGCAAUUACUUACUCUGGAUGUCUCUGCCAGGUUUUCUUCUUUGUUUUUUUCAUCAUGUCUCAUUUCUUUCUUCUGGGUGUCAUGGCAUAUGAUCGUUAUGUAGCCAUAUGCAAGCCACUGCAUUAUGAGAUGAUAAUGAACAAAAAAGCCUGCAUCCAAAUGGCAACCACUGUAUGGAUGGGUGCCUUGUUUUGGUCAAUGCUCCAUAUGGGAAAUUUAGUUACACUGGAGUUCUGUUCUAGAAUCAUCAAUCAGUUCUUCUGUGAAAUUCCUCAAUUACUCAAGAUCUCUUGUUCUAAGUUUUAUGUUGCAGUAGAACAGGCACUUAUCUUUGCUUCUUCUUUAGGUUUUGUUUAUUAUGGUCUAAUUGCUUUUUCUUAUGUUCAGAUCUUUAGAACAGUUUUGAGAAUCCCAUCUACUCAAGGGAAGCAAAAAGCCUUCUCUACCUGUUUACCUCAUCUCAUAGUCAUUUGUUUGUUUAUGGCAUGUGGUACCUUUGCAUACAUGAGACCCACAUCCAGCUCCCAAUCGACAUCAAAUAUCUUGAUUUCUUUGUUUUACUGUGUGAUGCCACCAGUCAUGAAUCCAUUGGUUUAUAGCAUGAGGAACAAGGAACUCAAAAUAGCAUUCUGGAAGCUGAUUCUCUGUUUUUUCCCCCACACCUUACAGAAAUAUUUUCAGUUAUGUGUAUUUUAG